UUAAAAGUGAAUAUGAUUAUGUUAUUUUUAUGACCAACGUUGUUAAUAACAUGAUCAUGUUUUAUUUAAAGGUGCAUUUAUUUCUAAUUUUUGCCCAACGGUAAUAUAGAUUUAAUUGCAUAGACAAUUAUAUGUUUAAUUUGACCAACGUUAGAUUAAUACAUAUGAUUGUUAUAUUAAUGUCACUUAAAUUGUAAUUUCAGGAGGCUUUCAUUUGAUGAGUUGCCUAAAAGAAGUUCCGACACUCAGAGGUGACAACCACACUGAGUGGAGGAAGAAAGUUGAACUGGCGUUUGUUUGUGCUGAUCUUGACUGGGUUGCGGAGAAACCACAGCCGGUCAGACCCACAGAGCCAGUAAGAGAGGCUACUGACGAUGAUGCUGCAUGGGCUAAAAAGAGAGGGGACUAUGCUCUUUUGGAGCAGUCCUACCUCAUAGAUAAUCAAAAGUGGGUCAAUGCAAAUAAAAAAUUCAUGGCCUUUAUAAAGAACACCAUUGAGAGCGCCAUUGUGGGCUCCAUUGCAGAGUGCACUUCCGCAGGGGAGUUGCUCUCAAAGAUAAAGAGCCAGUUCACUGGCUCUUCAAAGAUAUAUGCCACCCAGGUGUUAGAGCAACUGGUGACAGAAAAAUACAGAGGUGGCAGUCAUGGCAUAAGAGAGCACAUCCUCAGGAUGAGCAAUAUGGCUGCAAAGCUCAAACCAAUGGAUGCGGAUCUGGAGAUCAAACCAGCGCUCCUGGUCCACCUUGUCAUGGCUUCAUUGCCACAGGAGUUUGAAGCUUUUGUAGUGAACUAUAAUAUGUCACCUGGAACAUGGGACGUAGAAAAGACAAUAGCAAUGUGUGUUCAAGAAGAGGAGAGACUAAAAGCCGCACAUGGUGGUACACUCAACUAUGUGCAUGGUCACAAAAGAAAGAAUUAUAAUCUAAACAACAAAAGUUCUCCUUCAAAGCCACAAGGAAAAGUUUCCUAUCAGCAUCAGCGUCAGCAACAGCCUUUCUCAGUGGACAAAGACACUUGUCUCCACUGUAAGAAGACCGGGCAUUACAAGAAAGACUAUCCCGUUUGGCUAAAGUCGAUCAUGGCAAAAAGAGGGAUUCCAUUCGACGCGGACUACGCUAAGAAGCGAAAGACGCAUUGAAGUGGCGAACGGAGUUGAAGCAGAAGUUGAAGCUGUCGGUGAUAUCUCCUUGGAGUUAGCUGAUGGAUUCAAUCUUCUACUUAGAGAUGUUUUAUUCGUUCCAUCAUGUAAUAGAAACUUAAUAAGUGUUUCUUGCUUGGACAAAGAUAAUUAUGAGUGUUAUUUUGGACAUGGCAAGUGUGCCAUUUGGUUAAAUAAUGCUUAUGUGGGUGAUGCUUUA